AUGCAGUUUGUACGCAAGGCCGAAGAGGCCAUAGCUGGAAAGAAGGGCGAGUCGCACGAGUCGACGAAGUCCUCCAACCAUGGACCUCACUCGUCCAACUUGGCCAACAAGCUUGACCCCCGUGUCGAUAGUGAUAAGGACAACCGUGCUGCUCACACCGAUACGACUGGCGCUGGUCCUGGAACAUCCUACGACACCACAACCGCUACAGGCACUCAUGGCACUCACGGCACUACCCACGGCGCUACUCACGGAACCUCAGGUGUGAGUGCCACUGGCGCUACUAGCAGCACCAAUGCCGGGCCCCACAGCUCCAACAUCGCCAAUAAGGCUGAUCCCCGUGUCGACUCUGAUCGCGACAACCGCGCUCGCCACGAAGCAGGCCUCACUGGCGCUGGAACCGGUGCCGGUCUUGGAUCAACCCACGGCACCACCCCUACGGGUUCUCACGGCUCGGCCCUAGGUUCUGGCACUACACACAACACAGGUGUGACUGGCACCGGUGCUGGUCUCGGAUCUACCCAUGGUACCACUGGUAGCACCCAUGCCGGUUCUCACAGCUCUAACAUCGCCAACAAGCUCGACCCACGCGUCGACUCGGACCGUGAUAACCGUGCUCGCCAUGAGGGUCUCACUGGUGUUAGCACCGGUGCCGGUCUUGGUUCAACUCACGACACCACCCACGGCACCUCUGGUGUGACUGGUACUAGCGCUGGUCUCGGAUCUACCCAUGGCACAACCACCGCUACAGGUCCCCAUAGCUCUAGCCUGGGCACUGGCACUACCCACAGUACCACUGGCAGCACCAAUGUCGGCCCCCACAGUUCCAACAUCGCCAACAAGGCUGAUCCCCGCGUCGACUCUGACCGCGACAACCGUGCUCGUCACGAGGGUCUCACCGGUGCUGGUCUUGGUUCAACUCAUGGCACUACCCACGGUACCUCUGGUGUGACUGGCACUGGCGCCGGUCUUGGUUCUACUCACGGCACCACUGCUACAGGCACUCACGGCUCGACCCUCGGCUCUGAAACUGGUGCUCCUCACAGCACUCCCAUUGCUACGCCCGGCAGCAGCAGCACAAAUGCUGGACCCCACAGCUCUAACAUCGCCAACAAGCUCGAUCCUCGCGUUGACUCGGACCGUGAUAACCGUCCUCGGCAGCAAUCUACCCUCGUUGGUACUGGCCCUGGUACUACUACCCACGGUUCUCACACUCGUGAUGCUCCUGCUGGCUCGGCGAUUGGUGGCUCUGGCCUUGGUACUGCUGGUCAUCACGGUGCUCUUGCUGGUAGUAGCUACAAUACUCCUCCCACUGGAACUACCACUGGUGCUACUGGUACUACGGGUUCCACUGGUCCUCAUAGUUCAAACAUCGCCAACAAGCUUGAUCCCCGUGUCGACUCGGACGCUGCUCGGGCUCAGAGUGAGGGCCUUCACCGUCAGAUCUAG